AUGCCCAUCGAAGAUACAAUUGCAGCGCUGAGCGUUGCAGGCGAUCGUCGUAUCCGGGUGCAUACAAUGUGUAUACCUCUCACGACAAAUCUGCAAACACUUUACGACGCUCUUGAUGCACAGUGUGCCUUUAUGCUGCUAUCCAAAAUUGGUACUCAUAUUUAUUUGAUUCUUGAUUUCAGCACUUCAUCCUCACCUACUUCUCUUUUCACUACACUGUCAAAUGUGCUAAAUCCGACAAGGAGCGAAGUUAUGAGCCCACUCUUGAUUUGUUAA